AUGAUUUAUGUGUUAGAAUAUGUCAAUGAAAUAAUCAUCAUAGGAAACGAUGAAGCCUAUAUUAAUGGGUUUGUUGAAUCACUGAACAAGCAAUUUUCUCUAAAAGACUUGGGCAAGCUAGGUUACUUUCUUAGUAUAGAAGUUUCUUACCCUUCAAUAAGGGGUAUCUUUUUGAGUCAUAGAAAGUAUGUGGUAGAUCUUCUUAAGAGAAUUCAUAUGGACCAAGCUAAAAGGUUACCUACUCCAAUGGUCAGCUUGUGUAGUUUGCCAACACAAGUUGGUCGUCCUAAUGAGAAUGAGUCUGAGUACAGAAGUAUAAUGGGGGCACUUCAGUAUAUUGUCAUCGCCAAUCCUAAAAUUGCUUUUGCUAUGAAUAAUGUCUGUCAGUUUAUGCAAAAGCCAUUAGAUGUUCAUUACAAGGUUGUGAAGUGCAUUUUAAGAUAUUUUCAAGGGACAGUGGAGUAUGUUCUUUCAUUUCACCUGCAGCAAGAUUGUCUUUGGUCAGCUUUGCUGAUGCAAACUGGAGAACUGAUGUGGACGAUCGUAGGUCAACGAUUGGGUUUUGUGUCUUCUUUGGUUGCAACCUUGUAG